CGCCCCCCCCCACAAUUACGAUUCAAACUCUGACGCCGAUGCACAGAGAUCACAAAUCCACCUGAUUCUCAUGAUUCUCCCAACCACGAUUCACGAUUCGUGACUCCUCGCGAGAUUCUUGAUUCGUGAUUCGAGCUUUGUCUAGCGGGCACGCUUUCAAACGCGCGUGUUGUGUGCGGUCCGGCGCGCACGCGCGCUGCCCGAGGCGCCUGCAUGACCGAACGCGGGGCGGGGCUUCGGUCUGUCACGCAGCGCGCGGCGCGGCGGCGGCAGACGCUUUCGAUCGAUCGAUCGAUCGUCAGCAUGCACGCGCGCAUUUCAGUAGUAGUCGCGCGGUGGUCCCUAUAUAUACAAACGCACGCGCGGCACGCGGCGCACACCGCGCGCGAUGCUGUUCGGCCCGGCGCCCCGGCCGUUAUACGGCGGCGGCGGCGCGCGCGGUGGAUGCGCGUGGGCCUUGCGGGUGACGGUGGUGUGCCACAGCACAGCUAUAUAGCUGCAUGCAGAAGAAGAGAUUGGAAAGCGUCGAGCCUGCUGAUGAUGGAACGGUGUUCGCUCGAAUAUGCGCACGCAUAUGACCACCUCCACUUUUUCUUGCAUCGCAUGCCCACGCCAAUCGAAUGGAUGGAUGGAUGGAUGGAUGGAUGGAUGGCAGACAUCUCUUGGCUACGCAUCUACCAAGACGAAGAGUGCGCUCUCUGAACCAUUCAGCAUUGUUUAAAAAGGCAUGCGAGCGCCGGUCAGAGGGAGGGUUUAUGGUGAAAUGCAGCAAGAGUCACGAAUGCUAGAAGUCACACAGAGCAUAGCGAGCAAGCGCGGACGAAUAAGCCGGCUAACAACAUUGAAGCGAUACGUCACGAGGGGGGGUAUGCUUGGCGGCUAGUGCAAGAAGAACCCCAGCUUUAGGUGCCAGAGCAGGCGACGUAUCAGUCCAUCGAACAGGGCGGAAAAGC